CAGAUGAAACUCUCACCCACCCAUUACCCCUCCAAAAAAAAAAAAAAAUCCCAUCCUCACCCCUUAAUUUUCUCCCUCGUUUUCUCUUUCUCUCCCUAACAAAUGGAGAAUUCCCAUUUUUCUCCUUCUCUUCUUCCUCUCCUUUCUCCCUCUUUUCUCAAUCUCCAUGUCCUCUCCACACAGUUACUUCACCAAUCUUGGCCUUGGCUACUCCAUAGCCAUAACCCUCGCUUUUCUUGUCCUCCUCGCCACUCUAAUCCUCUCUUUCUACCUCUGUUGCCGCAAAAACAAUAAUCCCAACAACAAUAACAACACUCUUAACUACACUGACGGCAUUGUUUUGCGACUUGACACAUUCAUAGCUGAAAACGAUGAAGAAAAUCAACUUGGAGAAGAGAACACAGUAAUGGGUCUAGAAGACAAUGUUAUAAAUUCGUAUCCGAGGUUUCAGUUUAGCAGAGACAGUGCAACUGUUUUGGGACAGAACCCAACAUGUUCUAUUUGUUUGUGUGAGUACAAGGAUUCAGAGAUGCUGAGGAUGAUGCCUGAAUGUCGUCAUUACUUUCAUCUCUAUUGUCUUGAUUCGUGGUUGAAGCUUAAUGGGUCUUGUCCUGUUUGCCGAAACUCGCCGCUUCCGACACCACUUUCUACUCCACUUCAAGAGGUUGUUCCGCUUUCUCAGUAUGGUGAUGAUCGGAGACGAAGGAGGUGACUUUUCUUUUUUUGUCAAUUGAGUUCCUUUGGAUUUAUCCUUAUAAUCUAAAAUUAGACCGAUAAUCUAAAAUUCCGUCGAGAGGUAAGUAGUAUAAUAUAAUUGAGAAAUCAGAAUUAUUUUAGUUAGGGAUCAAACUCAGAUGCUAAUGCAUGACUAGACUUUUUAGUUGGGGAAGAAGAUGAGUUUUCUGCCUGUAUGAUUUGGAUAACUAUGCAUCCAUGUAAUCAACUAAUUAUAGUUGUAUGAUAAAAAUCAGUUAAUUAUAGCCAUAUGAUAAACAACUAUCUUCUAGCUAGUAUUAGACUACUUACAAUGGUUUUAACCAUUCAACACUCACUAUUUCACUCCACAUCAUUUUCUCUUUAUUCCACCUAAUCAUUCAACACACAUUCAACUUUCACCCUCUCCAAUGAUUUUUCUAUUCAACACCCUACUCCACCACUUUCUCUA